AUGGUAAGACACCGCAUUCUUCGCCCGCUCAUCAGUGCCUUAAAGGUAGAGGAGACCAGGAAGGAGACGGUAGCGCUCAUGGAGGCGCUGCUCAACAGCGGCAUCAAGGUCAAGUCCGCUGCUGAGGUCGGGAAGAGAGCCGUUGAGUACACUCGUGGAGACGAGAUAUCGAAGUGGAUCUUGAACAACAAGCCGACUAUAGCCAAGCUGUGCCCGACACUUUUGGCCAAUGCGGACAUAUCUCCGGAGAGCGACGACGUGAUCCGCGUCUGCGAUGAACUGAUCGAUGCCGGCUUUAUUUAUCGCGCGCAGUACCAGCCCAUUGAGGGCACUAUCGAGAAGACCGCCGCAGGGACGUUCCGUCGUCCGAUGUGGCCCAAGCGCCUGAUAAAGACUCAAAAGCAGCGUUUCGACACUGUCGGAUUUUACAUUAUUUCCUACGAGGGCAACCAGCGCUGGAACUACUUGAUGCUCACUGCGAUGAUACUGGGAAUUUUCGCGAUAUGCAUGUUCCAAACCUGGCCACUGGCGCUUAAGCUGGGGAUGUGGUACAUUUCGGUUGUUCUGAUUACUAUAAUGAUUUCGUUGCUCGUGAUCCGUCUGGUGCUUUUCAUCCUCUUCUGGUUCGGCGGUUUCGACUUCUGGGUAUUCCCUAACCUUCUGGACGAGGAGCUCGGCGUGAUAGACUCUUUCAAGCCUCUGUACAACCUCACCCGGCGCACCGACACUAUCUACAUGCUGUGCUGCCGCGUGCUGUGCGCUAUUUUGCUGGCAGCCUCGAUCCACGAGCUGGGAAAGACCCACGACUUGAAGGAUGUAAGAGACUUUGCCCGUCAGUCGUUUUUGGACGUCAUCGAGUGGGGACAUAACAAGCUCACCGCCGUUCCCGAGGAAACCCCGUUGUACAAGUCCAUUGGCGUGGACAUUUCAACGGACUUCGAGGCAGAGGGCCACAACGAGGAGGCGGGCGAAGACGGCAUGGAUGACGACGACUACAAGUGCCUUUUGGCGUGCGGCUACCGUUCGCUGGGCCAGCUCUUGAAGGAGUGCAUGUUGAGCUGCGAUUGUAUGGAAGAGCUGCUGAACAACCCCUGCUUAUCAGGCUGCCCGGAGGAUACUGUUCGCGUUUUGACGGAGUCUAAGACCGACAUUUGCCGCAAAACGCGCGGCCGCUGA